AUGCUCAGGGUCCCGGCACGGUGGGCGUGUGCCUCGUCCCCGGCGGCGCUCGUGCAACUGAAUGAUGGUCCUGUGGCCCUCUGCUGCAUCGCUGCCGUCCACCCCGAGGCCGCAUCGUGGGAAUUCGACUGCAGAGUCACGAUUUCACCUCAACAGGCCGCUGGGCUCACAGCACAGGAUUUUUCCAGUGUGGAGACGCACAGUAUUUGUUUCCUGCACGAUGCGGCUUCCGGAAGAAGACGCUUCGUGGAGGCCCCACUCGGUGGCACAGGAGCGAUGGACGUGCUUCGCAUCCAAACACCACUGAACACGUACGUUGCAAAGAAUAUUCUGUUGGAAGGGCCGCGUGUAAGUCUUCGCGGAUUGCUGGAUCGUCUCUUUGCUAGUAUGGUUGGCCGCUAUGUAGUGAUUGGCUGCGAUAUUGAGACAGAGAUGGGACGAUAUCGUGUAAAGUCUGUGGAGCUUCAAGGCGGGUACCGGGGGUUGGCCUUGGUGUGUGGAACGGCACGGGUAAAACUUAACCACAAACCAGUCGAUGCUCGUGACAAACUUACUCCUCUUAUAGGCUUGGAGGAGCAGGCGCGGGAGUUGGGUGCCGUGUUUCAAGCCAUGAAGCAACGUCCUGGCAGUUGGAUUGGCGUGUGCCUACAUGCUCCUGCAGGUUGUGGGGCCUUGGCGCUGCUGCGACAAUGUGCCGCGGCGAGUCACGCGGUACUUGUGCAUUGGUCCCCCACAGGGAUUUGGCAUCGAAAGGAGGAGUUGCUGGGGGCGAGGCUAGUAGUACUCUGCAUUCCUUCCAUGGAUUCGAUAUUUACCUCCGCCGAGGAUGCCUUGACAAAGCUAACAGCACGGGCGCUCCUGCGUGAGAUUGAACAGCUGACAUCUGCACGCAAUGGGGUGGGAAUGGCAGUUGUGUUGGUGGGCAUUACUUCUAGCGGGGCCUCCGAGGCGGCGGGGUCUCUUUUUACGGUAAAAGUAUCCGUGGAUUUGCCGGAUGUCUACACACGGGCCGCCCUGUUGGCACACGUGCGCGGCGGUGCGGGGGCGGAUUACAUGAACGAGGCGCACACACUUGUGGGUUUCUCCAGCGCAGCUGUGCUCGAGGUUGCUGAGGGCCCUCCUCGGCCAUUCAAACCCCGUAUGAAGGCGCUGCAUUGGUCAGAGAUUGGUGGCCUGACUGAUGUGAAGGAUCGACUGCGCCGUGCGUUGAUACUCCCCCGGCUGCAGCCGGAGCUGUUUGCGCGCUUUGGCGUUUCGCCUCCCCGUGGAAUUCUUUUGUAUGGUCCACCGGGUUGUGCCAAGACAAGUCUGGUGAAGGCGCUGUGCUCGGAGGGCUACUUUUCUUUUAUUUACCUGGACUCCGCCACGCUUAUUAGUGCGUACGUUGGAGAGUCGGAACGGCAACUGCGGGAGGUAUUCCGAAAGGCGGCUCGGCAAACGCCGUGCAUCGUCUUCUUUGACGAGGUGGAGGUGUUAGGUGGAAAACGGGACACCGGCUCCCGCGACAACGACCAAACACGGCUGCUCUCAACGCUACUCACCGAGAUGGAUGGGUUUGCCUCUUCAAGCGGCGUCUGCUUUGUCGGGGCCACCAACACCCCGCACCUGAUUGACAGUGCCCUGCUUCGGCCGGGUCGGUUUGACUACUUGGUGUACGUCCCACUUCCACCGCGGGACGACCGAAGGGAGAUCCUUGCCCUCUCCCUUGCCGGCACCUCCGCUGACGUUGAUGCUCUCGCCGAUGCCACCGAUGGGUUCAGCGGCGCCGACCUCUCAUCCCUGUCGUCGGAGGUCCUGCUGGAAUUGCUGGAGGGGCAGAGUGAGAGCAGGAAGGAAGACGGUAGCCACAGUGGUGUGGCCCCCGAUCUCAGCUGCCUGCAUGAUGCCAAGGCACUCACCGACCUUCUUCUUGGAAGAAUAAAGACGUUUCAUAAAACUGCGUACGACGUGGCCGCACUUGAAGCGUUUCACAGGGACUGCGCUUCUUUCGCAAGCGCGCGCUAG